AUGGCAGCAAGAGCUCGCUCGAGCCCGGGCGGCGCCGACUAUCUGAUACGGCAGGUGUACCUACACAUAGCUGGAAACAUGCCAUGGGUAGAGGAGCAUCCAGAAUUCGAUGGAUCUGUCAUCUAUGAAAAAGCUGGUAGAAUGCCACAUGGCAGGCUAGGGAUUGCUAAUGAGGCAUUUGACAAAGUAGAGAAGUCCACUAUUAAGUCAACAAGGAUCAAAGUAUCACAGCCGGAACAAUCUGGUAGUGAAAAUGAACGUCUACGGAGGGAAAAUCGCAAUCUACAACGGGAGAAUGAACAACUGCGAGGCGUGACACAUGUUGUGCGGGCUUUGACAAAUCAAGGAGGUCUAGACUUUGAUGCUCUGAUGCGGGAAGGUGCACAUCAUGCGUCGGACACAUAUGAUUCUGAAUGGGAAUACUACAGUGGCAACGAUGGUCAAUAUGGAUCUGAACAUGGCACUGGAAGCGACAUUGACGGUGGUUACAAUCAUCUUGACAAUGAAGACGAUUGGGCAGAUUUUAAUUAGAGUUUUCAUUUCCUGAAGUCAUCAGAGAUGAAGCAAUGUUUCAAUGCCGCAGUCUAGAGAAAGAUUGAUGUUUCUAGCUAGUCUACAUUACCUAUCCCAAUUUGUUUAGGACAAAUUACUUCUGUUUACUUCUACUUUUGCAUUUCCAGAUUAUAUAGAUGGAUGAUCAAGAAAAUUAUUGUUCUUAUUCCA